CCCGGGUGUGCGGUCGCGCGUUUGCUCUCAUUUGCUGUGAAUGAGAGCAGCGGCUUCCACGUGGCCGCAUGUCCAGGUGCUAAUUAAAGGUAUAUCAUACUUCUUUCGAAGAUGAUAACCAGGUAUCAAUUCAAGCGCAAAACACAGCCUCUGAAUAGAUACAAGACCGUACGCAUUUACCUUCUCGAGGUUGCACCUGUUUUAUACAGAAAAUGCUGCGGAUCUCGUUUUUAUCCGUUAGAUUUAUCAUAUGUUGGUUUAUCUAUUGGAUUAAAAUUAAAUUCCCAAUUAACUAUGUACACUAUGUUUACGUUUUAUAUAAUAUAUAGGCAACACAUAUAUCAUAAACAAAAAAAAUAAACCACCCUUGGAAUAUAAUGUAUAACCUAGAAUAAUUUGUAUCCAUCAACAUUAAAUAAUUUGAAAGUUACAGUUAAUAAAGAGUUAAUUACUACAUAUUUUUAUAUAAUAUUAAUUAAGGUGCUCAGAUACAGACAGAUUUGAGAGUACAAUACAAACAAAGAUCAAGGUCAACAAUGAAAGAGGAAGAACAAAAUACAUUGCUAGAUCUGUACAUGAAGUUGUUGAUAUACGAGGAUGAGAAUUUCUUGGAUUGCAUUAACAAUUUCACUAAACACAUCGGAUUGGAUUGUCGGGUGAAGAGUGAAAGGAUGAGCCAUAUUGUUGCUGGUUACCUCAAUAAAGUUGAUAAGGAACAGAAUGAGAGUAAAGUUUUGUUGCUUCUGAAAGGUCUUAAUCAUUUGCUCAAUUUCGUCUACUUGGAAAGAGAAUUUGCUUUCAUAACUAAUGCAAUUUUAGUAAAGCUCAUCUACAAUCCCAAUGAAAAAGCGUACAAAAAUAGAAGUGAACAUUUAUUAUUAUCAGUGUUGGAUUGUUUGAUUGCAUGCAUACACGCUGUCCAUGAAGAUGAUUUGAUUACUGUGUAUGCAACAGGAACUUACAAGCUCUCUCCAACCAUUCAUUCAUGCAUUGGCAUUGUUAAAUUCGACGAAACGAGAUGUGUAAGGAAAAAAGCUAUCGAAUGCAUAAUGCAUUACUCGCAAGUAUAUGAUAUUUCCAAGCUGAAUAACACGUUGAGGAAUGCAGUAAUUUUGGGUUUCAAAGACAUGGUACCUGGUAUUGCCACAGGUCUAUUUAUCACUAUGCAAGAUGAAAAAUGCGGAUCCGAUAUCAUCGUUGCAGGGCUGCGAUGCUGGAGCAGAGUGGUGGCCCUGAUGAUGCUGAACACGGAGAAGCCAAAAGAUGUAUUAGAAGCUACUUUGUCGAUGGGAAAACAGGAUGAGUUUGAGAAUAUCUCCAGAAAGCGAGAAUGGUUCAGCCAGCACGACGACAAACUGGAGGUGAUCGUCACCAAGUUCGCCAAGUUUACCUCGCACGAUGUUCCGAGGGUUACCAGAGAGCUGGUAAACUUCUGUGAAAACUUGAUCGAUUCCAGAAUGAUUCCAAAGACUUUAAGCAGAGUCAUUCAAAUUCUAGCCGUUCUAACCGAAGACCGAUAUGCGGAUACAUCUGAAAAGGCCAAGUCGAUAUUGUUGAAGGCUAUCAACAGAAUCACCAGAGGCGAUUCAAUGGAAUACAAGAUUGUUCUCGAUCAUUUGCAAGAGAAUUUCUAUAAGGAUAUCAGUGAUCUACCUCAAAUUUUUAAUGGACUAGAUGAAAGGAGACAGUUAAGUUCAAUGUGUAUGCUCGUCGGUUACCUGAAGUUCUUCGGUGCAAACGAAACGCGAUCCGUUCUGUUCUCGCAAUCCAAUUUGGACUGUUUGAUGAAAUCGCUUCUGGAUGUGGCCAAAUUGGAAGUGGACGGAGUGAAUUUGCUGGAGGAGUACAGUUUGCAGGAUUUGGAGACGGGGGUGGUGGAUAGCAGAACGCCUUGGAAGGUGUUUCGUUUUAGAGACAAGGCGAUAGAAAAGAAACUGGAGAUAGUGUGCUCUCUGCUCGGGCAAGAUGGAAUAAAGGAGAUGAUUUUCUAUUAUCUUGUGGACGUUUAUCGAAACGAUUUGAAGAAUCGCAAAGAGGCAACUCUCAUUAUAAAUGAACUUUUAUCAAGGAAAGGCAGCGAGAAUGCGGACUUGGUCAUAGAGAUGAUCGAUAUUUACUUGGAGCGAGAGUUUUGGAAUCUUUCAUUGGAAGGUGAUAAUCUGUUAAUUAUCAGGAAUAACGUCAUACAGAUUUGCUUGCAAUUGGAGGGUAUUGGAAAGAUGGCAUUGGCUAUUGGAGAAAAGUUUCAGCUGUCCCUGCUGAAAAUACUUUACGUCGUUCUGGAGAGAGCCGGGUCCGGUUUAGCGCUUCUGAAAGCUGCCGGAUUAAGUUGCAUAACUAAUGUUUCUGUUGCCUGCAAAUAUAAAUCAAUCACGGAGUUGAUCAACAAAAAUAGCGAUUACUUUUCCUACCACGUCAUUAGGAAGCUUAAGCGGGGUAACCGCAAUGAGAACGUACUCAAUGUUCUGGCCGUCGUCUUGACUUACAGCACUGUGGACGUUCUGAUGUCGAUUUCAAACAUUAUCGAAGGCAUUUUACUGGACAGCUUCCAAAAGCAAACUGUGAAAGUGUGUCCAUUUUUAAGGGUCUUCCUUGUAUUCGUGAAACGCAUACGGAUAUGGUUUUGUGUGGAGGCACAACCGAACGCGAUCAAGAGUAGGCUUGAAAAAGAGCAAGAACACGAUCAUUUUAAGGUGUCAAAUGUGGAGAGCCAAAGUGAUUUCUCGGACGACAUUAUGGGAAAAACCGCAGAUGAGUUGUUUAUGGAGGAUAUGAAGAAGAAACAGGAGGAGUUGGAUAUGACUAUGGAUGAUCAGGAAGAAGAGGAGGGAUACAGGAAAAAGGAACCGCCCUUGUACGUAAAACUGACGGAAGCUAUACUACGCCGGUGUGUGCAUUAUUUGCCCACCCACGAUGCGACUACGCGUUUAUUAGUUUUAGAAAUCCUGACAAACGGCGUUGAUGUUCUAGCCGAGUGGGAGGAUGAGCUCUUGCCCAUAGUUCAUCAGAUCUUUGAUCCUCUGCUCACUUGCUUCGAUGCCAUCGAAACGCCUUUAGUAAUAAAUCUCAGCUUUCAAUUACUCCUCGCGCUGAGCAGGCUGUCCAAAGAUUUCAUCAGGAGUCGUACUGCAAAACAUGUCCUACCGAUUUUGGGGAAGGUGCUGAAGAAACAGUCCAAGGAGAGUUACCUGAAAGAUGCGGGUUCAGCCUACAGAUACACGCAGGCAUUCAAAAUGCAAGAAGCGCUUCUCUCUCAGUUGGCCAUCCUCAUCAACGAUUUGGAUAUGGGAGAAACCUCGAUCGAGCUGAUCUUGAUCGGUGUCGAACCAUACAUUUCGAAACGACAACCAAAGAGCCUGCAGGAAUCGGCAAUUAAAUUUUAUAGGACUUUGAGUGUGAUAGACGAGAAUGUUGCAGCGACGGCGAUCGCAGCUAUAGAAAAGAGGUACGGAUGUAGUAAAUAUGGGGAAGAGUUCGAGGUAAAUGUGAGUUCAAUAUUAAUAAAAUAAACUUUUAAAAUGUAAUAUAAACAAAAAUUUAAUGGAACAUACGUCGGACGUAAUUUUGUAAAUUAUUCAGAAUCAAUGAUGAGAGAGAGUGUUGCGGAAAUUAAAUUUCAACACUUUUUUUUUGCUGCUCUCCAAGAA